AUGCUUCCAUUUUAUAUGCUUCUGCUCCUGGGCACAGCUCCAAUCUUAACUUUUGCUUCUAGCAUAUCUCAGUUCCCUAUUUUCGAAAACCUCAGAACUACUCGUCCGUUCACCGCUCGCCUUUCUCCACCACGGAACAAGACCUGUGUUGUCAAUAGUCAUAAUGACUUGUUGAUUGACGACUCGGAAUACAUACUCUCAGCUAUCACGGAAUGCAAAGAUGGGGGUCACGUAAUCUUCUUGCAGAGGUCGACAUACAUUAUCGGCAAGCCGCUCAACCUGACAGAUCUCUCAGCCAUUGACCUGGACAUCCAAGGCAACAUCCAGUUUACGAAUGACACAACGUACUGGCAAAAGAGCGCUUUCCAGCUCGGCUUCCAGAAUGCGACCAGCUUUUUCAUGCUAGGUGGAAACGAUGUGAACGUCUACGGCGGCGGGACCAUUUACGGCAAUGGUCAGACAUGGUGGGAUGCCUUCGCCGCGGAGAAGAGAACCAAUCGACCCAUCCUGUUUGCAACGAUCGGCCUCCGUGGUGGCUCGAUCUCGGACCUAGGUCUUUCCCAGUCGCCGUUCUGGCACAAUAUCAUCGCCAACUCGAGCGAUGUGGUGUAUACCGAUAUGCGAUUGUAUUCCGUCAGCAACAAUCGGAAUUUCGAGAAGAAUACCGACGGCUGGGAUAUCUACCGCUCCACCCGCAUCCUCAUCCAGAACUCGACGAUCACUAACGGCGACGACUGCGUUAGCUUCAAGCCCAACAGCACAGAUAUCACCGUCCGGAAUUUAAGCUGCAAUGGAACUCACGGUAUCUCGGUGGGCAGCUUAGGGCAAUACCCCGAGCGUGUUGAUUAUGUUGAGAACAUUCUCGUGACCAACAUCAACAUGUACAACUCUUCAGAAGGUGCCCGGAUCAAGAUCUGGCCCGACGCCUACUCGGAGAAGUCAGGCACUCUCAGUGGCGGAGGUGGCCGUGGACUGGUGCGAAAUGUAACAUAUGAUGGUAUGUGGCUCGACAACGUCGACUACGGCCUUACGAUCACCCAGUGCUACGGCCAGGAUAACGAAACCCUGUGUUUCGAACAUCCGUCAAAGCUAGAGAUCAUUGAUGUGACGUUCAAGAACAUCAGGGGUCGUACGAACCGAGUGUUUGCACCUAUUGUGGCCCACCUGGUAUGCUCUAGCAACCAGACCUGCUCCAAUAUCGUAGCGGAAAACGUGGAUAUCCGAACGAUCAGUGGAGCAAAUCUCGUGACUUGUAGAAAUCUUGACCGCUCGCUUUUAGGUGGCUUGAAUUGCACCGAUACUAGCAAGGGGUAUAAUCUAGCCUAA